GCGGGGCGGCGGGGCGACGCGGCCCGGGCACAGCGGAGCGCGGCGGAGCCCCCGCCCGCGGCAGCGCGUCCCGGCCGGGAGGUCCCGGGGCGAUCGCCCCCCGGCACUGCUCCCCGGGACCGAGGGGACACGCCCCGGGGGAACUCGCCGUGCCCCGGCACCGGGAGCCCCGCGGGGACCUCGAGGACCGGACAGAGCGGCCGGAACCGGGGCUGGGGCCGGUGAGGGCGGGGGUGUGUCCGGGGAGGAGGGACCGGGCGCGGCGAGGGGCUCCACCUCCCGGGGUUUAAAGCCCGCGCCGGGCGGUGGCGAGUCUGUCCUGGGGAAAGUUGUGACCGAGCUGCCGCCGGCUCGAACGGGCACCGGGAGCGGCACCGACACCGGGAGCGGCGCGGCCGGGGGGCGCGGGCAGCCGGGGCCGCUCGGGGCGACCUCUCCCAGCCCCGCUGCCCUCGGUGCCGCCAAUGACCCUGAACACGCAGCGCGGGAGCAAGAGCCCGCUGCGGAGAAGGGCCAGCACCCCCGUGCCGCGGCCGGAGCUGCCCGGGGCCACCGCGCAGCCCGAGCCCGGUCACCCACAGCUUGGCCAGUCCGCGUCCGAACCGGGCGGCCGCGCUGCGGCAUCCCGGGCCAGCUGGUCCUCCGAGUCCUCGGGCUCCUCCGGCUCCUGGGAGCCCCUGUACCGCGUGGUGCUCCUGGGGGACCCCGGCGUGGGCAAGACCAGCCUGGCCAACCUCUUCGCUGGUGUCCAGGAGCGGGACCUGCUGGAGCAGCACGGAGUGGCCGCGUAUGAGCGCACGCUGUGUGUGGAUGGCGAGGAGACCACGCUGCUGGUGAUGGACACCUGGGAGCCGGAGCAGCGGGGUGACAGCUGGCUCCGAAACCAGUGCCUGCAGGUGGGGAACGCCUACGUCAUCGUCUACUCCAUCACGGACCGGGGCAGCUUUGAGAGCGCCUCCGAGCUGCGCAUCCAGCUGCGCCGUGCACGGCAGGCUGAGGACAUCCCCAUCAUCCUGGUGGGGAACAAAUCUGACUUGGUGCGUCGCCGCGAGGUGUCUGUUGAAGAGGGCCGUGCCUGUGCCGUGGUGUUCGACUGCAAGUUCAUUGAGACAUCGGCGGCUCUGCAGCACAACGUGGCCGAGCUCUUCGAGGGGGUGGUGCGGCAGAUCCGCCUGCGCCGUGGGGGAAAGGAGGCCCAAACACGCCCCGCACCCCGCCAGAAGCGCAAGGAGAGCCUCACCAAGAGAGCGCGGCGCUUCCUCGACAGGCUGGUGGCCAGGAACAGCAGCAAAGUGACCCUCAAAGCCCGCUCCAAGUCCUGCCACGACCUGUCCGUGCUCUGAGAGCCGCUGCCUUCCUGACCCUCUGCACACAUGGGCUGGGGAAUCUCCACCAGCAGUGUGGCCAGUGACUCCAUGGAGAGCUCAGACACGGCCAGAGCGAUGCUGAGGACGUGGAGCUGUUUUUAUGGGUGCUGAGGGAUGCCCAGGGUGCUCUGGAUGCAACCACUUCCCCUCCAGGACAGAGGACAAGUGGGGCCAGGUCUGCACCCGUGGAGCAGAGGGCGGAAUGGGGACCUGCGCCUGGGGAGGUGGGAUCCUGGAUUAUGGAGGCUUCUGAGGAGCAGGAGGUGAGGAGGGGCCGUGCUCCAGUGCAGGGCUGGAGGCGGGUGGGAGCAUGGCUGUUGCUGUGUGUGGUGCCUGUCCUUCACAGGGCAGCAGGGACAGGCUAGGGCACCAUUGUAGUGUCCACCUUAAGUGUCCACCCAGAACCCAGCUGUGGAGAGGAGCCAGGGGAGCACCAGCAGCAUUGCCUGGCACCCCUGGCCCCUCUGCACCAGGGCUUGUGCUACAUCUCCCAGGCACCAGCACUUCUCAGACAGAGGUUUUUCUUCUGUCUUUGUACUGGUGCAAUGGGGAAAACUCUUGAUCUGCAGAAUAAACUGCAUCAGGGAGGUGCUGGUCUCUGCUGGGUCCCUGCUGCAGGGAGCCGUGUUCCAGAGCCCAGUUCCUCACCCACAGCCAGGGCAGGGAACCUGCCUCCUGCUCCAGCCUCACCAGGCAAAACACCUCAGGGCAGGGAGAGCCUUCAUCCACCUUUGACAGAAGUCUUUGUCCCUCACCCAGUGGUCGCAGCAUCAUCCCCUGCGAUGGCAGAUGCCCCAGAUCCCCCUGCACCUUCCAGCAAACUCCAGAAACCCCCCCUGGGAAGGGCUGAGCUGUGCUGCCUUGCAGCUCUCUAUCCCCAAGCACCGUGGGAGCCGCAGGCUGGGCAGGGAGCCGGGUGCUCGGUGGCUCCCGGUGCAGGAGCCGAGCAGCGAGGCACAGACGGGAAGGGACGUGCUUGUCUGCAGCGAAUGACCCCGGGGAGGUGACGCUGGAGCCGCAGGGGGCUCUGCCCGUUGUUUUUCGGCUGCGCGGCCGGCGAGCAGCCGGGACACCGCGGGGUAGCCGGCUCGGCGGCCCCGGGCCCGGUGCCAGGGAGGAUCAGCGGUGCCCUCGCUCCCCGGGUCGGGUCGGGAGUUUCCGCUCGCUUCGCGGCUCGGGCGUGGGGACCCACGGGCUGUGCAGCUGGAAAGGGGGUCACCGGCGCAAAGGGGACACUAUCCCCAUGGGAAAACAGUCUCUCCACAGGAGCAAGCCCUAGUGGGGGCUUCUCCCCCACGGCUCUGUCCCCAGGACCGGGAGAUCCCACUCAGGCUUAUUCGUGCUGACCGGAGUCUCCCCGAGCCGUUGCUGCUUUCUCCCCGCUGCUGCUAUACCGGGGCCCAGGCCCAGAGCUCCCCACUCCCCGGUGCUGCGGGACGCGAUGCUGCGGUUCUCCCCGUGCCCGUCAGCGGGGCCGGGAUCUGCACAGCGGGGCCGGGGGCUCCGCGCUGCCGCUUGUCCCUCCCGCAGCUGCAGCCAGCGCUUCCCUGCGGCGGGAGGGCCGGGGGGGCCGCGGGAUGGAAAAUUGGCAGCCGGCAGAGAGGGGAGUGGAAAGAAUGAGCUCAAACCCAGAAAAAUGCGGCCGCGCUGGAGGGUGGGAGGAGAGGCCAAGGGGGCGCCGGGGCGAGGUGCUGGGAAAUGGAGCGAGGGAGGACGGAGGAGGGUGCUGAGCACCGGCGCUGAGCCAGCGCGGGGCCGGGCAGCGCCGAGGGGGCCACGGCCAGACCCCGGGGCACACGGAGAUGGACGGGCGCCCGACCGCUGCCGCCUUCUCCUCCAGCCUCCUCGCCGGUCUCCUGCGAGCCCUCCCGGCUCCCCAUCCACCGCCAGCUCCGAGGGGACGGUGCCCACAGGCAGGACGGCGGGGCCGGGGGCUCCUUCGGGUUCUGGUUUAACCAAAACGCAGGGAGCCGCUUCCCCCCAACCUGCGCUUCGAGCUCUCCCCGUCUUGGGCUGAUGCGACUGCUCCGGUUAACCGGGGGUGCUGCCUGCUGCUGCCCUCGCUGCCCGUCCUUCUCUGUGGGAGGACUGGUGACGGGGAGGGUACAGCAUCCCGGGCAGGGGGCCAGCCCCGCAGAGAGGGACAUCGACACUCCCGGGGGGCCUUUCCAUCUGCCCUCGCCUGAAGCAAACGAUGAAUCACCCCGGGUCCUGAAAUAGAUCUUUGUUUGUUUGUUUGUUUUUUAAAAAAGGAAGAGGAAAACAUUAAAAAAUAAACCAUCA